AGCAGCAGAUUUCAAAGUGAGUGCAUAUACCUUACGUCAUCCUUAUUGUCACCACGGCAGUCUUUGGAAGUUUGCAAGAUGGAUAUAUUGUUGGCAUUAAAUAAAAAUAUACUAUCAGUUGUAAUGGUUGGCUUACUGAUGUUAUUGCUGUGGAAGAGUCAAGGAAAGCGGAGUAGAUUUGGACGUCUGCCUCCAGGACCGACUCCUAGACCACUGCUGGGGAAUUUCCUUCAAUUUUAUGUAAAGGAACCAUACAAGUAUUACCUAGAGCUCAGUACAAAGUAUGGCUCUGUUGUUACCUUCUGGUUGGCAAACACUCCUGUGGUGAUUAUUUCUGGAUAUCAAGCACUAAAGGACACCAUGAUUGGUCUUGGUGAAGAAUUCAGUGGCAGGGACCGCUAUCCCCUGAUUAUGAGGUCCACUCUUGGUUAUGGUGUUUUGUCCACCAGUGGGCACCAAUGGAGGGAGAUGCGCAGGUUCACUCUUUCGACACUGAAGAACUUUGGAAUGGGCCGCAGGAGCAUUGCGGAAAAUGUUAGGGAGGAGGCUCAGAGACUUGUAAAAAUGUUUAAGAAAUGUGAAGGCUCUACUUUCAGCCCUGCAGACAUGCUAUCUAACGCAGUAGCCAAUGUGAUCUGCGGCAUUGUCUUUGGCCAUAGGUUUGAAUUUGAUGAUCCACAGUUUCAGUUUUUACUUAAGACAGUAAAUUCCUACUUCUUAAUCCUGAACAGCCCUCUUGGACAGAUCUACAAUGUGUUUCCUAGGCUAGUCAGUCUCUUGCCAGGUAAACACCAUCAAUUGUUUAAAGACCUUGGAGAGGCCAGAGAAUACUUUAAACGUCAGGCAAAUGCACGAAUGAAUAAUGUGGAUCCCUCAUGCCCACGGGACUUUAUUGAGACCUUUUUGUUAAAGAUGGAGGAGGAGAAAAACAAGCCUGACACAGAAUAUUAUUUAGACAACUUGAUAUCACUGAUAUGGAACCUGUUCAGUGCUGGCACAGAAACCACAUCAUCCACCCUCAGACAUGCUCUGCUUCUGAUGAUGAAGCACCCAAGUGUCCAAGAGCGCGUUCAACAGGAACUUGAUGAGGUUGUAGGACAGGAACACUGGGUAUCCAUAGAAGACAGACAGAACCUGCCGUACACAGAUGCUGUAAUCCAUGAGGUCCAACGCAGCUUGGACCUCGCUCCCAUCGCUGUACCACACAAGAUGAUGUGUGACACCGAAUUCAAUGGCUAUACCAUUCCUAAGGGAACAAUGGUUUAUCCACUGCUAUCCUCAGUGCUUACUGACCCAAAACUGUGGAAGAACCCACAUUGCUUCGACCCAGAAAACUUCCUGGAUGCAGAUGGCCGAUUCAAGAAGAAUGAUGCAUUUGUUGUAUUCGGCUUGGGGAAGCGUGCGUGUCUUGGCGAGGCUCUGGCCCGGAUGGAAGUCUUCUUGUUUUUUACUUCCCUCCUCCAACAUUUCACCUUCAAAUCCAUGGUGCCACUAGAGGAGCUGGACACAACCCCAGCUAACUGCAGCUUUGGUCGCAUCCCUCGCAUGUAUGAGUGCUAUGCCAUUCCCAGAAUGAAGGCAUAGAUGGCACUAGAGUCUUCCUGGAGGCUACCCAACCCUGCUCAUUUUGGAUGUCUUCCUAAUUAAACACACCCAUAGAGGCUCCAUGACCUCCUCCAAGAAUGGGUCAGAUAAGGGAGACAUCCAAAAUGUGCACUGUUUGGGGCUCCAGGAAUAGGACUAGUAAACAUUGGAGAAGGCAAUAAUCAUUUUGUAGCACUAAUGGUACAUUUUAUAGCUGAAAUGUGUAAUGUUUUGUGCCACUAACGCUACCAAAUGGAAUUGCAAAAAUUAACGGCUUUCAAAGCAACUUUAAGAAUGUGUGUUGAUCGAACAAACAGGAAUUUUCAAUGCACCAUAUUUAAACAGGUCAGGGGUAGAAAGAGUACUGAAAAAUCAUACUCAAGUUGAAGUACUGUUACUUCCCAAAAAAUUUAGUGUGAGUAGAGCAGGGGUGCCCAAUACGUCGAUCGCAAAGGCAAUGCUGGUAGAUCGCACAAAAUUUAAAUGUAUUUCGUUAAAUUUUAAUACAAAUAAAUAUAAUGUUUUUCCAUAUUUUUGUUUCUGUCUGACUUGCACUUGACGAGUACAUUUUGACCAGGCGAGAUUUUUGUUUAUUCAGUUGCCAUGACAACUAGGUUCGCGCCUUCCAAGGGCUUCUGAGAACAGAGCGCGAAAUUGCGAAGCUAGCAGUUUUUGAGGCUAGCUACCAGCAGCUAAUGCCCGGAUUAUAAAAAACUGUCUGAUUCAAUUCAGUGCAAAUCAUCAGAAUAAGGUAAAUGCCCUGGCUAUUGAUUAUAUUGUGCUGUAGGUGUUUUGGGUUUAGUGUUAAAACUGAAUGAUAUUAACAUUGAACAUUAUUAUAUAUAUUUUUUAAUUAGUUAGAAGAUUAAUUCCAUGUAGGCAUAAAUGCAGUAGUCCCAACAAGCAUUUUUAGUUGGUAGAUCUUAUUGAGUUGGUCAUUUAAAAGUAGAUCAUCAUGCAAAAAAGUAUGGGCACCCCUGAAGUAGAGUAACAGAAGCUGUCCUAAAAACUGCUCAAGUAAGAGUAAAAGAGUAACUCAUUUAUAAUACUCAUGAGUAGUGAGUAUUGAGUACUGAGUUGCAAAACCUAUGCCCCACUAUAAUGUAUACUGUAUGCCAACUUUAAAAAUACAUCACUUAUUUAUGAUAAACACAACAUUAAUCUGAUUCCUAAAAAUAAAGUUUUCUGACAUUAAAAUCAGUUUAUGUUAAUGGUCUAAAUUUCCCUUAAUGCCGACAGAGCAUUAUUGUUGUGCAUAAAACAUGUUAAAACAAUGCAAGCAAUGCAAAAAAAAAAUGCUAAAUAAGCAGGAUCACUUGGCAUGGCAUGUCCUGCACAAUAGAGGAGGAAGAGCAGGCAUGGGAAAAGUUGUUUGUUUCAGGGGCUACAUCACACUUAAAAAGGAAUAAUUCACACAAAAAUGAUUCUCAUCUCUCAUCAUUUACUCACCAUCAUGCCAUCCUGGAUGUGUAUGACUUUCUUCUGCAGAACACAAAUGUAUAUUUUUAGAAGAAUAUCUCUUUUGGUCCAUACAAUGAAAAUGAAUCGGUGCUAAAAUAUUGAAGCUCCACAAAUCACAUAAAUCAGCAUAAAAGUAGUCUAAUCCAUGUGCCUCCAGUGGUUUAAUCCAUGUCUUCAGAAGCGAUAUUAUAAUAUUGAAUUCCAUUUUUUUUUACUAAUUCUCCUCCCUGCUCAGUCAAUCUCCACUUUAACAUUCACUUUCUUCUUGUGUUUUUGGUGAUUCACAUUCUUCAUGCAUAUCACCACCUACUGGGCUGAGAGAAGAAUUUAUAGCAAAAAAGGACUUAAAUAUUGACCUGUUUAUCACCCACACAUGUCAUAUAAAUUCUAAAGUCAUGUAUUUCACCACUAGAGUUGUAUAUAUUACUUUUAUGCUGCUUUUAUGUGCUUUUUUGGAGUGUCAGAAUUUUGGCACCCAUUCACUUACAUUGAAUGGACCUACAGAGCUGAAAUAUUCUUCUAAAAAUCCUUCUGAAGAAAGAAAGUCAUACACAUCUUAGAUGGCAUGAGGGUGCAACAUUCUAGCCCGGCCCCGCCCCCCUCUGCUCCACAAGGUAAAUUAAAAAUUUCUGCUUACUAGAUUUUGCGUCUAUAACGUAGCCUGUAAUUGAACUAUAUAUCACUGAGAAUAUUGGGCUGCUGUGAGAGAUUAAUGCAAUGUUAUCAAUAGGGCUGGGGAAUAAAAUGAUCUAGAUGUUUAUCAGAAAAAGAAAUAUGUCAUCAAUCAAACUUUUGAGUAGUUUUAUUUUCUAGAACAGGGGUGUUCAUUACAUCAAUCGCGAUAGCAUAAUGGUAAAUUCUUAAGGCCAGUGCCAAUUAAUGCAUUUAUUGCUUUUAAUGCAACACAAACCUUUAGGUAAUAUUAUUAUAUUCAACCUUUUACCAGUGUUUGGUCAUUAUAAUUACUGCAAGAAGACACUCACACAAAGCUUAUUCAUAGUUUUCCAAUCUAAUGGUUUGUGUUGUCAGUGAUUUUUACUUGCACACAUACUUAAGUGUACUUUUGAAACAUUUACUCCUGUUUUAAUAGAUUAUUUUCUGUAAGAGAAAACAUUUUUGAAUACAGGUAAAUCUCAAGACUUAAGAAUGACAGUGAUAGAGGUCACUGUCAUCAAAUUUUUCCAAUAAUCAUAACAUAAAUGUACAGUAGCAAAUAAAUGACACUGUUUUACGCUU